CAACUCGUCAUCAUCCCCGAAUGAGAAUCUCCACGCAGCCAUUAAUUUCCCUCCGUUAACAUAAUCCCUAAAAUUCAUCUUCAUUCCUAGGAACCUCUUUUUAUGAUCUUUAAUCUAUAUCGAAGAAGAUGGUUUCUCCUGAAAAUCCUGAUUGGCUUCUUGAUUACCCGUUAAUAGCAGCAGACUUCCAAGCUCCAACCGAUGGAUUCAACUGGGCUUCACAACCUUUAAACGGUUCUAAUCCUGUAAGUGUCGAAAUUGAUGACUUCUUUGGGGAUUCUGUUGCAGUUAAGGAAACAGGCUCCCGGAAACGGGUGAGGUCUGAUUCAUGUACGUCAGCAUCUAGCUCUAAAGCAUGUAGAGAGAAAAUGAGGAGAGAUAGACUGAACGAUAGAUUCGUGGAAUUGGGUUCCAUCCUGGAUCCUGGGAGGCCUCCAAAAUUGGAUAAGGCUGCUAUAUUGAGUGAUGCUGUACGAAUGGUGACUCAGCUAAAGAGUGAAACCCAGAAACUCAAGGAGUCUAAUGAGAGUCUCCAGGAGAAGAUCAAGGAGUUGAAGGUCGAGAAGAACGAACUUCGUGAUGAAAAACAGAGGCUAAAGUCAGAGAAAGAAAACCUAGAGCAGCAACUUAAAGCCACUUGUGCUCCACCAGCUGGUUUCAUGCCUCACCCUUCUGCCAUCCCUGCUGCUUUCACUAUGCAAGCCCAAGCUGCAGGCGACAAGCUGAUGCCAUUCAUGGGCUACCCUGGUGUUGCCAUGUGGCAAUUCAUGCCACCUGGUGCAGUCGAUAUUUCUCAGGAUCAUUUGCAACGUCCCCCAGUUGCCUAAGUUGGAGAGGAGACUUCAUUUUUUCAAUCAGCUGAAGUUGAUACUUCUCAGGAUCACGUACUUUUCAGGAUCACGUCCUUUGUCCCCCAGUUGCCUAAGUUGGAAGGAGACUUCAUUAUUUCAGUGUGAAGAAAAUGGCCUUCCCUUAUUUAUUUUUCUGCUAUUUUAGUCGACUAUUAUUGAAGAAAACUCAAUUAGGUUGACUGUUAAUUGGAAGCUGAGAGAACUCAUGGACUGCUUAACUUGUAAAUGAAAUAGGCAAAUCUAGUAAUUUAUGAUCUGAUUUCUUCAUCA